CAAGGGAAAGAGCUAGUUUGUUUUAGUCUUCCACUUUAGAUCAAGAGAAACAAAGAGAUGGAAUGGCCUGGUUCAUUAGAUGAGUACCAAAAGCUUGUCACUAGGAUGAACACUCCCAGGGUGGUGAUUGAUAACAAAGUAAGUCCAAGUACCACCAUAGUAAAACUCCAUAGUGCUCGGAAGCAUGGUGUUCUUCUAGAAGCCAUACAAGCACUCUCAGACCUCAACCUCUCCAUCACCAAAGCCUACAUCUCCUCCGACGCUUCCUGGUUCAUGGACGUCUUCCAUCUCACCGACCACCUCUCCGAUAAGCUUUCCGACGACCCUCACCUCCUCUCCUCAUUCAUCACUCCCCUCCUCACCGCCGCCACCUCCGACCACCUUUCUCACCCCACUUCACCACCACCACUUCCCAACACUUCUCUAACAGCUCUAGAGCUCACUGCCGGUGACCGGCUCGGGGCUCUCUCCGACCUCUUCGCCGUCCUCGCCGACCUUGACUGCUCUAUCGCCGCCGUCAAGACCUGGACUUUCAACGGCUGCAUGGCUUCUCUUCUCUUCAUCCACAACGUUGACUUUGACCAAAACCCCACCAAGCUCAACGUCAUCAUCACUAGGCUUCGCCACGUCAUCAACGGCGAUGUCCAACCAACCUCCACGGCCGUGUCCCACUCCGACCGUCGUCUCCACCAACUCUUACUCCCUGAACAACCAUCCCAGUCAACGCCGUUGACAGUCUCUGUUACUAUACAAAACUUGGUCAAACGAGACUACUCCGUUAUUAACAUUCAAUGUCGUGAUCGUCCCAAGCUCUUGUUCGAUGUUGUUUGUGUUCUCACCGACAUGAAUUAUGUUGUUUUUCAUGGUACGGUUAACACUGACGGUGAUAAAGCACAUCAGGAGUUUUACGUACGUAAUUCUGAUGGGAAGAUAAUUGGAACAGAAGAAGAAAAGGAAAGAGUGGUGAAGAAUUUGAGAACAGGGAUAGAGAGAAGAGCAGAGAAAGGGUUGAGGUUGGAGAUAUGUGCAGAAGAUAGACAUGGAUUGUUAGCUGAUGUUACUAGGGUUUUGAGAGAGAAUGGGUUAUCCAUAACAAUGGCAGAAGUCAUGAGAAUGGAAGAGAAGGUGGUGAAGAGUGUGUUUUAUGUUGAUGAUGUUGCAGGGUGUAAUUUGGUGAGUGAUAAGGUGAUUGAAAUGGUGAAAGAGAGGAUGGGGAAUGGGAGUUUGAAGGUGGGGGAAGUGCUGAAGAAGACUUUGGGAAGGAGGAAGGUGGAGGAAGAUGGUGGUGUAGGACUUGUUUAUUUGGGUAGUUUUGUUAGGAGAAAUCUUUAUAAUUUAGGGUUGAUAAGGUCUUGUUCUUAGUAAUUAAUGGUGUUUUGUUUUUUUCAUGUUGUUUUACUUCAUUUGUACAUAUUAGAGA